AUGGAGCUCGCAAAUCAAAGUGGUCCAGACUGGGGUCAAUGGCCCAAGAUUGCAGGAUAUUAUCGUCAUUUGGAACCUUAUACUGGACAUCGUAAUUCGCGCCCAUUAACUUCUCUAGCUGUGACAAUGAGCCCUAUUAGUAGAAAUGACAGUAGCCAAGCACGCCAGAUCCACACAGACGCACCUGCAAUAGCUGCAAUGGUUGAAUGGAAUCUCUCUGUCUCUCACAAAGUCCAGAGAGAGAAGAAACUAGAUGUUUACGUACGUGAGUGCAGGAACCCACCGACCACGUACCCAAAGCCACCCAGACAACACGGAGUAUACUCCGACGUCCCAAUAUCUUUGUCCCGGAUUGAGGUUGCUCGUGUCUCUUUGAACACGUGUCGGCCGGCACCACGAAAGCUUUGUGUCUCGGUCGCAGAGACCAAACGUUCUUACUGGCUCUUCCUCUCUGGUCAAACGUCAACGUCUAUACACGAGCGAUAUGGAGAGGGAAUCUGGAGAGGGCCAUCAAGGGAACAUCAAACAUCAUUACCCAUGUCUUUGUUUGGAGGAAGUGCUUUCAUUAUUUUUCCUGCCGGAGUCUGCGUGGCGUAG